AUGCAAAAUGAAACGCUUUCCUAUGUGAGUUUUUCCAUCGAAAUUUUCCUCUUUCCUGUGACUUUUGUUCGAAAACGACAGUUGGCACGCAUCGAGUGGAGCCCAUUAAUUAGACGAAAAGCGAUAGAAAUCGCGUUGGGGCGCGAGUCGCGACGACGGUGUAAAUUUAUGGUGUGAACUCGCAGUCGCUCUUCCAUUUUUCUGCGAAUUCUAGGCCGCCAAAGCCCGCAAAAUUCCAACUUUCGCUUCAAAAUGCUCAAUUUCUCGAAAUAUUCGCUGUAAUUCGCCUGUUUUCUGCGAACAAUUCAAGACUCGCCUUCGAAUUUUGCGAACCGACUGCAGUAGAGCGCGAUUGCAACCUUUCCCUCAAAAUAUCCAGAAAAACGUAAUUUUUCACUUCCCAGCCCGUUUUUUGGUGUAAUUCACGAAAAGAGCAAACCAAAAACGCGAGACUUUGUCAUUUCUUCGCAAAAACCUCAUUUUCUGCUCGAUUCACACCAAUUCUCGACAAAAUGCGCUGAAAAACCCGUUUCAAGGCUCUCGUUAGUUCUCGUCAUCAUCCAAAAAUUGCACUAUUGAAUGGCACAAGACGUAUAAGUACCGAUUCCAAGGUUGGCCAUGUAACAUAAUCCUUUCAUGGCUGCCACGUGUCCUCGCUCCAUCGUUAUUACCCGUCGUCGUCGUCUUAAUCGCCGUCCGACGACAAAAGACAUGUCUGCGAACCGUUAAAUUGAUGAGAGAGUCAAAAAACGUCGAUUCCCUUUGAACCAGGUCAUUCGGAAUGGCUGUUCAUAACCUGUUGAUUGUUCCUCUUUUCCUUGACCGACCCCCCUCGUCGGCCGAGAAAAGAAGUAGAAAAAGAAACGUGCUAAUUUCCGUCCGUUCGCCCCACUCUUGCGAGGUGCGAAAAGGGGGGGUUACGGCGGUUUGUGAUGACUGAUAAUAGAGUGGCGGUGGUGGUGACCUUUUUGAUAAAAACGAUGAUAGCAGUUGGCACUGUACUAGUAAUAGUAGUACUAUGAGAAAGAAGAAGAACGCGCGAUCUUUUCACGCUUCGUCUCACAGCCGCCCGUCGCACGCGCCAUUUGAAGGUGAUAUCGCCGCCGCCCGAAUGAUAUGAAUCGGGAAAUAUAUGCUAACUAUGCUACAGAAGGGAAUCCGAGACAUUCCGAAAGGGCGAAAGUGAUUCUGAUGUGAAAUGACGUGACGCUACUGCUUUCUUUUGUUGUGCCGCCGCCGCGCUCAAUCGCUUCAAUUUUGUGCGAGAGACCGGGAAAAUUGGAAGAAUUUCGCGAAAUUUAAAAUAAUUGUCGGUUGUUCCCGAAAUUCUGACGACAUUUCGUACGAAUUUCGUGAAAAUCCUGAAAAUUCAAAUUUCGACCGUCUUUUUGGCGGUAGAGCGCGCUUGCAUUGUAUUCUCGUGGAAAAAACAGUUCGUCGCGCAUUUUAUCCUCUUCUCGCCUCUUUUUUUGCUGAAUUUACAUGUAAAAACCUGCAAAAUAGAGUUUUCAGCCACUUUCGCGCGUUUUUUUUUGCCUUGAAUUGACAGUAGAGCGCUUGCUUUGUUUUUUCCUGGAAAAACUGUUCAAAAACGAUAAUUUACGUUUCCGUCACUUUUUUGCUGAAUUUACGCGUAAACUUCUGAAAAUUUAGAGCUAGCGCGAUUGCAUUGUAUUCUCUCGGAAAAUAUCUUGAAGUUCUGCUGAUCUCGCUGUCCUUUAGGUUUUUUGCGAAAUUUACACGCACCUCACCCGCCGCUGACCUGGAAUUAUCUGAAAAUAGAUUAGAUGACGGGGAAGUGCAAACAAUUCGAUGAUUCGUCACCGCUUUCCACUUCUCCACCGUCUUUUGACACAAACUUUACCGCAAAAUCAAAUUAGUCUCCGGCGGCGACGGAUGACGAAUAAAAAGUGCAAUUACGUCUAAAACGGGUGUGUCCGUCCUUCCUCCUUUUCCCAGGCGCGACGCGUCCUUCAAGACGAACUGAUUUGCAUAUACACUCUUCGACUGUCCAUGUUUGGAUGGCAAGUCAUUGUAAUUAGUAUUUAGGAACCAGUUUUGAUCGGGGAGAAACAUGGGAGAAUUAGGAUCAGAAUGCGAAUGAGAAUGAGUAUUUUGCAGGCCCGACUGAAAAAUGUGGUGGGUCGGAGCGGCGUGACCGUCAACGGAAUCGCUCUUCACCACGCGUCCGACACCCUGCUUCAGGUGGCCGGCAGCUCGAUCAUCGUCAGCUCGACGGCCACCACCGACCGAUUCGAGGGACAUCUCAUCUCGGCGACGAAACAACAGUUCACGUGUGUGGCAGUCACCGCGUGCGGAAAGUAUGCGGCCACCGGCGAAACGGGCCACCAGCCGGCGGUCCGUCUCUGGCAGCUCCGUGACGAUCAGGGCAACUUUGUGGGCCGGCUCGUGCGGACGAUGCAGGCGCACACAGUCUCUGUGACCAUCGUCCGAUUCACGCCCGACGACAGCACACUCAUCUCGGUCGGCUGCCAGCACGACGCGCAAAUCAUAACGUGGGACUGGAGGAACGGACACGAUCUUGGAGUCGGCAAGCUGAUGUCGCCGGUGAACGCGAUGACGAUCUCGUUCGACAGCAGCAUGUGCGUGACCGUCGGCAGCAAGUCCGUCAAGUAUUGGUUCCUGCCGAUGGCGUCCGACGGAGUCAGCAAGCGAACAGGGUUGACGGUAGGGAAGAGAGCAGGAGGGGAAUUUUCGGAAAUACAACGAUUUCAGAGUCGAUCAGCUAUCCUGGCUGAUAAGAGAAACGUGAACUUUGUGGAUGUGGCAUUCUGCGACACAACGAAUCGAAUGGUGGCGGUGACGUCGAACGGAGAGAUUCUCGAGUUUAACGGCAACAAAAAAGUAUGUCGUUUUUCUCUCUCAUUGAUAUUUUCCGUGUUUGAUUAUCGCUUAUCAUUUCAGUACGUGAAGUGCUAUUCUUGGAAGGAAAGUGGGGACUUCAAGGCGGUAUGUCUGGCCAGAAUCCCGGAGGGUCUUCUCGUCGGCUGCUCCGACGGCCUCGUCCGACUCUUCUGUCUCAUCGGCGACGAUUUGGACUUUCUGGCAGAUCUUGCUCCGCCCACGCAUCUUUUUCUGGAUCCUUCGAACGUUUACGAGCCGGAGCAGCUGCAGAAUCAUCCGGAAGAUGCGAUAUUCCCGGAGCCCCGUUGCCUCGUCGCCUCUUCCUCGAGCUCCUCGUUCGUCGUCGGCUACUCCGAUCGUUCGCUCAUCGAGUUUGCCCGUGAGAACAAGACGUGGUCGUUCCGAAGGGCCAGCCUCGGACACACUGGAUCCGUGAACUGCAUCGAAUCGUUCCCCUCUUCCUCGCCGUGCCUUCCAGCCGGAACAGUGAUCACCGGCGGUGCCGACGGGACCGUCAGGUUCUGGAACUUUGGCGGAGAGACCGACGACAAGAAGGACAUUGCGAACAUUCUCUGCCCGUCACUUCUCAAAGUUAUCUACUUGGACGAGACGCCAGAGUUACUCAUCGACAAACGAAAUUGUGAGUUUAACAAAUUCAGAUGCACAUGUUGUUUUUAAUUUCAGUAGAAUCGAUCGGUCCUUCGAACGAAGAGCAGUCAUCGGCGACGUCGGGAGUUUUGUGCACACGUGUGACCCAUGACGGACGGAUGAUGAUCGCCGGAACAGCUACCGGGAUGCUUUAGUGAGUAUUCAACGUCAUUUGUGUUCAUUUGUUCUCUGCUUAUUUCAGUCUCAUCGACCUCUCCUUCUCGGAUACUCCGAUCAUCGACGUCAUCAACGCGCACGACACCGAAGUCGCCUCCAUUGACUUCUCCGAUCACGCACACACAACGUCCCGUGAUCAGCCAAUGUUUCUGGCGUCCGGGGGACGUGACCGCUUCGUUCACGUCUUCAGACGCAUCCCCUACAGCAGUAAAUUCGUACAUUGUGCCGUGCUCGACGGACAUCAGGCGUCGAUAAAGUCGAUCAAGUUCGCGGCGGUGAACGGACAACUUCAUCUGUACACGGCGGCCACCGAUCGCAGUCUGAUCAUCUGGAAGCUCGACUCGUUCUCCGAGCAGCAUUGUCAGUUCACGCGAGCGCAGCAGAUCUCCGUUCCCUCGAGCAUAGGAGACAUGGAAUUCGUAAAGUACGUGGAUUCACUCGUCGUCGCUGGCCAUGACAGGAUGCUCCGACAGUUUGACAUCAACGGAAAACCGAUUCGAGAGGUGAAGGGGACCGACGAUGACGUGGCACACACUGGAAAGAUCCAGAAGGUAGCCGUCGACGCGUCGGGCUCCUACGCCAUCUCCGUGUGCUCCGACAAGUUUGUCUACGUGACCGACCUGCGAACCGGCGCGUGUCUGGCGGUUUUGUGUGGAUUCGGAGCGCCGCCGACGGACGCCACGUUCUCCGACGACUUCAAAACGGUGCUGGUGACGACCGCGAACGGCGCCAUCUUUAUUUGGCAGCUCGCGAAAAACGUGACGGAACGAAUGAUCUCGGCACAAGUUCGACUCAUGGAAGAAGUAACCAUGAGGUAAGUGGGCCAACAUCGAUCCGCGGAGGCGACACACAAAAAGAUGUGUAUCGCUCUGUCGGGGGUGCCCGAGAUUCGCAUCUAUUUCGACUUUCGCUCGCUUCUCCCCGCUUUUUCAUAACAAUAAUUCGCCUUCUCAUUCCUCACUCUUCCAAAUUCUUUUCACCUUUUUCAGAACUGCCACUCCGGACAGCCUACUCGGCAGCGGAAGUGAGACAAUCAGCGGCGACUCGAGCUCGUUUGCCCGUCCGCUCGGAGCUCCAGAAUUCUCGGGAAGCUCCGCCUCUCUCUACUCGGACGACGACUCGACCCGCUUCUCCUCGUCGGUCCGAAGUAGCCGCACGAAACGAAGCCAUCCGAACGGCGGCCAUCCGAUCGGCAGUUCGAGCUACGCACGCGUCGGCGAUAGGUACGUUUUACACUUUUCCCGCCACACCUGGUGCCAAAACCAAUCACAUAAAAAGUGUGUGUGUACGUGUAUUGUUGUCACAAUACGACCAUUAUUCUUGCAUGUAAAUGUGUGUGGGGGGGCGUGCCAGAAGACGACGACUCUGCAACAGUUUGUUCCACUCGACACGCCCGGCGCGGAUUUCAAGAGUUUUGAGAGACUCGAUUAAUCCGAUUAGGUCUUCUCAUCUUCUGUCCAUAAUCCAGUUUCCCCCAUUCUACAGUACUCUCUCGAAUCCCCCGCUCCGAUUAUACUUUUGAUGUCAUUCUGUACUUCAUCGCCACCCUAUUCUAACCACGCGAACAGCGGUAGAUUUGCGAACAUGUCGAUUUCAGACGGUUCUAACGAAACAUCGCAAACCAGUACCUUUUUGAAAGCGCGUAGCCCACCCGGACUCAUGACGGUCACGGGUCCAUUGCAUUUUUUGAAAAUUGGCAUGAACCCUUGACGGUCACGAGUCCAUUGCAUUUUUUGAAAAUUGGCAUGAACCCUUGACGGUCACGAGUCCAUCGCAUUUUUUGAAAAUUGGCAUGAACCCUUGACGGUCACGGACCCAUGGAAUUUUUUGGGAAUUGGCAUAAACCCUUGACGAUCACGAGUUCAUCGAAUUUUAAAAAAAAUUGAACUUUUAACGACGCAUAGCCCACCCGGAUUUCUUGAUACUCAUAGUACUCUCCGUUCUCCUUCCGGCUGUCAAUUUAUGAGUAUACUGAGCUGCUCCAAUAAACUUGAUGCGGCGGUUUUCUCGUAUUUGCCCCAUAAAAUUUUGAUGAUGGCCAGCAGCAAGCAAUGCACAUUUCCCCCGGUCCCGACGUAUCCACUGGCUCCUCUCUGAUUUUUGUAAUCCUCUGCUGACCUCGAUCCACUCGAAUCUCGAUCGACCUCAUUGCAGUCGAGUCCGGUCCUGUAGAUCACUGACCACUGGUCACCCUCCUCCAAACUCUACCGCUAUUUAUGCAAAUUAACACUUUGACGGGCCGGAGAGAGCACGCGGAUCGGAGAGCGCCGCCGAGACGCACUGAUCUAUUUGUCCAAAUGCUCGAGAAACGGACUUUGCCGCUUCUUCUCUUUCCGGCCGAUUUGGUUUCGCCGUUGUUUUGCGGCCCUCCGGCAAUGCCAUCAUCGGCUCACCGUUAAACCCCUCCGCUCUCUUUUCUUCCAUCGUGCACAACUUUUUCGCCGACUUGGGAACUGGAUCAAAGUUCUAAAGUUCUUUCCCCGAAACUUGGACAAGCGCGCGCUAGAUUUAUGCGGCUUUAAAUCUGCGCGUUUCACCGAUUCCACAGGGAUUUUUGUUAGAAAUAUUAUCAAAAUGAGUGGAAGACUGUUUUCAUCGUGACCUACCGUAUCCGCUUAAAAUUUAAAGGCGCAGAACUCUAGCUCGCGUGACUAGCCCUUCUCACCGAUGUACAACAGAUGGAAGAAGCAUAAAAACAUGCUGAAACAAUUUCAUUUCCAUUCGAAAUGUCGCUGGAGCGCCCCGAACCUGUGUCACCAUCAAAACAUUGUGUUCCCAUUGGAACGUGAACGUUUGUUUGUACUCGCGAGAGUCAUCCUCCCCUCCUUUCCGCCCUUCCGUCCCCUCCAAUAGAAGCUAGAGGCCGGCCGCCCGGUGUUCCAUUUCGAUCUCUAUUUACACUUUCCGUUUUUGGGCUCCCUCUCCAUCUUCUUUCGCUCUCUGCUCCUCCUCUGAUCCGACGCUCUUUCUCGAUACGUUUGCACACCUUUCCCGUCAAAUCAUUCAGUGCUUCAGUGCUUGUAACCGAAACUUUUGAAUUGAAAGAAAAGGAUUUCGUAUUACAAAAGUCUUUCUUUUCACGCCACAACUGUUCGUGUUCAAUGAACCGCAAGUCAGUAGUAGUGGGCGUCUUUAUUGCGAUCAUUCACGGAUGAUUUGGGCCCAGGCCUUCUACCCAAGCUUUCUUCCCGGCCUACAGGCUACCUUCCCGGCCUACAGGCUUUCUGCCCAGCUCUGGGAUUCAGCCAUGAAAAGCGAACGAUUCACAUGGCCAAUCACCUCGCUUUGUUUUCCUUUCUCGUGAACUGUCAAAGAAGUGGACCCUUUCUCUGUACGAAUCGAAUUCCAUUUCGAAUUGUUUGCUUCUCGGGGCACUUUCUUCCGUUGAGGUUCCGGGGCAGGUCAAUUAAUGAUAACCGGAGAAGACGGACGCGCAAACAACAUCCGUCCAUGAUUCCGUGUCCCCCCCGCCCACGCAAUUCACUCGUUUUCUCGCUUUUCUUGACUUUCUUACACUGCUCUUACUCAUUUAUCAUUUGAACAUUGACACAAAAAAAACAGCGGAAAGAACGCAGCUGUUAUCGCUUGUCCGCUUGUCACUGGGGUCAUGUUUGAUCACUCACUCGGAGGUUGACCUACCUAAUCACUAAUGGAACAUUUGUGGGGGAAACAAUGAUAUCGGAACAACAUUAACUCAUUCAAAUAUUGUACUUUGCUCUGCUCUUCCUAGUCAGUUUACCAUUCAAAUUUUUUUGAGAAACUUGUCCAAACGUUCCGUUUUUUGUAUAAAUCAUGCAAAAAAAGCGAAGCAACCGCGCUCUAUCGCUCAAUUGCCGUCGCUCUUCCAUUCCCGGCGAAUUCUAGGCGAGCACCUCUACAAAAGCCCCCGAAAUUCGAAUUAUUCUCGCUUUUCACGAUUUCUUCGAGAAACUGUCGAGAAGACCCUAUUUUCUGUGAACAAUGUUCGAUCGGCAUGUUGCCAAGAAAGAGAGGGGGUGUCUAAUUCGAAUACCUUCCCUUCCCAUUCCCAUCUCUCUUUUGCACUUACACAUUUGCAUUAAUCGAAUCGAAUCGUUUUUCGCUCACUUUCUUGCAAAUGUGAAACGGAAUGGAAGUGUUUCUCAAUGCUAGAUUCGAUUUGCCACGUCACACCUCUCCGGGUGUGGGAACUAGAAUGAGAGUUUGCACAACUUCUCAGAGAACCGAUAAACGAACAAAGACCUUCGAAUUUGGGCAACGGAAUGCGCGUUUGCAUAAUUGCCGACCUUGAAACCGUUUCCUUGCUUCCGAUAUUUCAAAAUGAUCAACGUAAACAAUGCGUACACGCAAUCCCGACGAGAUAACGAAAAGAUAUUGUCCACUUCUUGCCGCGCCACUCGUCAUAAUCAUUUCUCUUCCAAUCUUCUUCUUCUUCUUCUUCCAUCAGCUGUUUCCAUGUCCAUGCAAAAACGAUUGAUAAAGUGAUAAAAUCAAAAGCUUCUUCUUCUUAUUUUUCUUCUUCUCUCUAUCUCUUUUCAUUAGUAUUUCUCUCUUGUCUCCGAUAGACUCAGACACUCAAAAACCAGGCGAGAACCUGCCUCCCCCUCCCUCCUCUCACUUCUUCUUCUUCUCACUUUCCCUCCCCUCGCUAUGCCCAUGAUCAUCUGUGCUCGGUUGGUACCAACUUUUAUCAAAUCUUAAGGACGUUAACCUGCAAUUGCAACUUUUCAGCUCCUUCUCUCCGGCGGUUCAGUCGGCGCCGGCAGUCGAACGACGAACGCACACCAACCUAUUCUCGCACGAUCAGUACGGUAAGUUGAGGGUCUAGUGAAGCGCGUUUUUGAACUGAACACAGGAACUGAAAAUUAGAACGAAAUUGUAGAGGAAAUCGAAAUUUGGGACCUUUCCCACAUUCCUUGCUUGGAUGCAUAAAUUUCUAAAUUUCUUAGAAGCAGCGAGUUUCAGACCAAUCAGAUUGUUUACCCGACUAGUCCCCAAUUUUCACAAAAACCCGGGCUUUUCAGCCUUUGAUUAUAUGAUCAUUAAUCUCUGGACCUGAUAUCGUUCUGAAACUUGGGCCCGAAAUACUUUAAUCCAAGACUGAAAAGCCCGCAAAAUUUGGGCCCAAUCGGAAUACCAGAGACUAGCGAAGCGCAUUCGCUCACCCGGUUAGCAUCGAAAAAGUGAAAAGUGAAAAAUCAUCAAAUAACACUUUUCAGAAACCGACAUCUCCGAGACACAGUCGGAUUUUGUGUCCUCGAGAAGAAAGAACCGUCUGUUCUCGGACGACGACGAGCAGGACUCGAGCCACGGCAGCGGUCAGUACCUGGCCGCACCACUGACCGAAGCGCGUCGAUCCGCGUCGCCCUCUCUGUACGUGCCGAACAACGAUCAGCUGAGAGGCUACCAGAGCAGCAAGUCGAUGAUGAAUCUACGGUAUCAUUGAUUUUUAGGCCCUUUAUUUUCAUCUUUUGGUUCCAGGGAUGUGACGGGUGGUGGCGGGGUUCGCGUGCAGACGGCCAAAGAACUGAUGCUUUCGCACAUUGCGUCGCAAAGAAACUCGCAGUCUGGUGAGUAGUCUUAUCUCCUUUUUAUGAUGAUCGGGCGAUUUUAUGAUGUGUUUCGUUCAGGAUCCUCCUCCAACUUGACGCCGAACACAUCUGGACGCAUGAAGUGGGGGGACAUGACGCCCCUUUCCUCCUCCACGAACAACAACGGUCAGUGCCUAGUGUUGUCAUAAACAAGCGCAGGUGUUCCCAGACGGGCGAAUGCACACAAAUAUUGAUUACCCUCGCUAUGCUCGCGCGUAUUAUUAUUCCUGUAUACAGUCGAAUGUCUUGACCGGAGAAGGAGGAAGAAGGCGACCAAUUCAAACUGUGUGUCCUUUUCAAUCAGCCGCCGCCCGUCUCCCCGAUUCCGCACACUCUCUCGUCAGGUGUCCGAUUUCGUCCCCCUCGGAGGCUUUCCACCUCCUCCUUUUCGACAUCGUCUCCUUAUACAAACUUUCCGCACAACUUCUCACACCUCACUCCUUUUUUCGCGCAUUCAUCCAUCCAUCACACACACACACAUUCUGCCGAAAAGUGUCACGUUUCUAUGAAUUGCAAAUAAGCGCCCUUUUUUUUUCAGACUGGCACCCUUCUUCCACAACAAUCGACAUUCAUCACGUCUCGCCCGUCAUGGCAACCUCGAUUCAGCCGUACGCCUACCGAAAUGAGCACCAUGGUGAGUUUCUUGCGAAAAAACUCGUUUCCGACAAAAAAGCGAUGCACAUGCGCUUUUUUGCACAAAUCAAACCUUUGGCAAAGUAAGAUUUCUGACGGGCUUUCGUGGCCUAGAAUUUGCAAAACAAUGGAAGAGCAAUAGAGCACGAUCGCCAAACUGUUUUGCGACAUAGCACCUGCCAGACAGGUGUCCCCAACUGACUUAAUUUGACAAAUGACCAAUUUCAAAUGGGAAAAUUUUCAAAUUCAGCCUCUCCGUACAACCUACCCGACUCGACCCAUCCCCCUCCGCUGGCGCCCCGCACAACUUCCCGCGUGGUGCUCUCGACUGCUCCGUCCCACCAGGCUCUCCAACAAAUCCAGGCGAACAGCAGUCCGUUCCGUCGCAAGUCAAUGGAUCGGAACAGUCUGUCGAAGAAGUUUCUCGAGAACGGAGGCGCCCAGCCGAAGACCGUCUGGAGUCCGUCGUCGCUCGCCAACGCGGGAGCUCCGCGCCGCAGCAACUCGAACCUGUUCGCCGCCGUCAACUCGGAAACGGCCACGCCGAUGACGAAUCUCUCCAGAAGGCGUAAGUCGUUAUCGUUAUGAAAACAAGUCAAAUAUCUCUCUCCCUCGCUCUCCCGACUAAUCGUCCGAUUCUCUGAUUCUCUGCGUCUCCGAUUCCUCCCCGAUUUUCCCGUUUCAGACACAGAUAGGCAACAGCAGAAACUGCGUUUUACGACCACCGUUCAAACGCGCGAGAUUUUUCUCGAUGACGAUGACGACGAUGUCGUUAGUUCGACGACACCGUCGUUCGGACCCAAGUCGCGUACACGAAUGGCGUACCGACGGCCGAGUACGGUAACCGUCGACACCCGCGACGCCGACGUGGCACGAAGACGUGUGAAAGUGCAGGAAAGAGGUGAAAACUGAAUAGAGCAGAAGCACACACACACACACUGUCACACGGUCAACUCCUCCUCCUCCUCCUCCUCCUCCUCCUCCUCCUCCUCCUCCUCCUCGUCCUUCGUCGCAUGAUUUCUUCGUCCGUCUAACUCUGUCCUUCCUAAUAUUUGGGCUCCCACACUUCCACCUUUCAAAUCAUUUUUUGGUUCCUAGGCUGCUUGUAAAGAUUCAUUUCGUUUUUCAGCCGAUGAUCUCAAUCUCAAUCUCAAUGUCAAUUCGGCACUUCGGAGUCGGAGUCAAAGUCCGAACAAAUUGGCGCUGAGCCAGAUGAUCGGCUCGCGCGGCGACACACCCUCCAGUCCCUCGUCGACCGGCGGUUCGAUCGUCGGCGCCGCGCGUGGCAUCCAACAACGUCGUCGCGACUCGGACGUCUCCUACGUUCGAUCGGCGACGCGUGGCAGAGACGAGAUGCGCAAGAGCACGGACGCGCUGAACAAACUUAUGGCGGUGCGCAGCAAGUUGCACCAGUCGAGCGAGAACCUGCGAAAGUCAACGGAGAACUUGGCGCUUCUCAAGAAUCUGGAGGAAGCGGCGGCGAGUCAGGGCACGCCGAAGACGAGGACCAGAAGCAGUAGCAAUCUGAGGAAUGCGGAGGCGCUCGGCAACAUGGAGUCGUUCGGAACUUUUGACGCCGACUCGAGAAUGAAGUCUGGGUGAGUUGUUGACCGCGAAAUUUGGCGACGAAAAAGGGCGCGGCCGCUUCGGAACUGAUAAGACCUUUUCAUUCGAUUUCAGCUCGACAAGUUCACUCGCACACUCUCGAAUGAUGGCGCGAAGCAUCGGAAACCUGAACGACAGCCUCGCGAUGGAGGGCUCUAUGAGCAACAACUACGACUCGCCGAGCAAACGACUCGCCAACACGAUUCAAAUGAUGAAGAAGGCGAGCAACCCGGACCUCACCGCCCCCGAGCAAUUUGAAGAUACGGGAAGUCCGUUCGCAAUGCGAAUGCACCGAGGCGCCGUUCAGAAGAAGAUGGACAGGUAUCGGGCGAAGAACAAGAGCGGACUGGCGGGCGGACGCAAUCAGACCUCCGAGGAGAGCGACUCGAACAACUCGGACAUGAUGCCGUUGAGCAUCAACAAGCGAGCUCUCGCGGCCGGCAACCGCUCGACGACCGCCUCCGAAUGCUCGCCGGUAUCCUCGCGCGGAUCGUCGUCGCUCGCAAGUGGACGUAAGUUUUCGGAUCAAGAUGUGACAAACGUCAGAUGACCCAAAAAGAUUUCAGCGAUCGGAAGCGGUCUUCCAUCGAGCCGUCGCAUGUACGACCAGCAAAGGAGCGGUCUCUCCGCUACCUCGACGCCCCGAAGAACCGGCAACAACUACCUGGUCACCAAGUUGAGCGAACAAAUGAACAAGUCGAUGGAGGGUCCGGAUCUCGGCAGCGACGAGUCGCCGCGUAGUUCGGUCAACUCGCAAGAGUGGCAGAACCUGAUGGAGAACUCGCAGGACGGAACCAGAAAUCGUAAGUUCGAGAAAAAUCAGCGAUCCCUUGUUUUCACGCAAUUCUCCCCCUCGCUCGAACCACCAUCCUUUGUUCUCCGUUUUACAGCGCUCAUUUGCCACGUUCAAGACUGUAUGGAGCAGCUGCGAAUCCACGUCGACAAGAGUCUUCAAGCCAAGAAACUGGUAAGCUCCACUCCCAACAAUCCUUUGUGAUCGUCGCUUCUACCUUCCUAACUGCUUUUCUUUCGUAGUCCCUUCAAAUCAGGGCUGGGCAACUGGGCUUUUCAAGGGCCGGCCCAUAACCCUAUCGGUCUGAAUCUUGGUCCCAAUAUUCUACAAUCCAAUUCCAAGAAGCCCGCAAAAUUUGGGGAAUAUCGCAAGUGGUUCAAAAGUCCACGCCAAGGCCGGCCCUGCCUUCAAGUUAGCCACAUUGUCGAACGAACAUUUUCAGGUGGAGGACGAUACGACUUUGGCUAUGGAACAAAAGAAGAUAGUUAUGUGUGAAAUCGAUCGAUCCAUCGAGCGAAUGAUCGAAAAACUCGCGCCGCCGAGCCUCAGGUACGCGCGCCCGAAUGGACCGCCCGACAAUUCCAAUGCAGUCGUUUUCAGUAAACCAUCAAAUGGAAACGACUACACUCCGAAAGGAGCGAACAUCUACGGAAUCCUCAAAGAGAACCUCUCCUCGCGACAAUGA